AUGGCUGAUGUCAAUGAGCAAAAGGGUUUCGAGUUUGUUGCUCAAGCUCAAAAGAGAGAGAAGUCUUCGCAAGGAUUUUUUGGCAGCAUUUUCGGAGGAGGAGCUACUUCAAAAUUGGAAGAUGCCUGUGACUUAUAUCAACGCGCUGGCAAUUCAUUCAAAAUGGCCAAGAAAUGGAGCGAGGCCGCUGGAGCAUUUUGCGAAGCUGCACGGCUCAAAAUCCAUCUUCAAAGUCGGCAUGAGGCUGCAUCCUUCUUCGUAGAUGCUGCAACAUGUUUUAAGAAAUCUGAACCUGAAAAGGCUAUCGAAUCUCUUAAUAAAGCCGUCGAAAUCUUUACGGACAUGGGAAGAUUCAGUAUCGCUGCAAAGCAUCACAUAUCAAUUGCUGAGAUUUACGAAAAUGAACUAACGGAAGUAGACAAGGCAAUGGCAAAUUAUGAAAAAGCAGCAGAUUAUUACAGAGGAGAAGAUUCAACCAGUUCAGCAAACAAGUGCCUACUUCGCGUAGCUAUGUAUGCAGCUCAAUUAGAAGAUUAUCGAAAGGCUAUUGAGAUAUACGAAGAGGUAGCGGCUGCUAGCCUGGAAAAUACUUUAUUAAAAUAUAGCUGCAAGGAGUACUUCUUCAAAGCCUCCUUAUGUCAUAUGUGCCAAGAUUUUCUGGAUGCUAAGCAUGCGGCUGAAAAAUAUUGUGGAAUGUAUCCAGCGUUUCAAGACUCUAGAGAAUGCAAAUUAAUUGAGAAACUUAUUUGUGCUGGUGAAGAAGAAAAUGUUGAUGAAUUUACUGAUCACAUCAAAGAUUAUGAUAAAAUAUCACGCCUUGACCAAUGGACCACGACAUUACUAUUACGGAUCAAAAAGCGAUUAGGCGAAGAACCUGAGUUAAAUUAA